AUGGUUGUGCUCAAUUUCUCCUUGAACAAAGAAGAUGAAGGAUUUUCAAGUGUUUGGGGAGCAGUAGCUGUGAUUUUUGUGAAGGAAGUGACUGGAAAUUGCAUAGCUGUACUAUUAAUUGGAGCUAUUUUGACUGAUCAGUGGAAAUGGGAAAUUGUGAUUGGACCCGUGUGGGAUAUGAUAAAACUGAUGUGGGCUCCUGUUGGUCGCCGGAUACAGCUCGCCAGAAGACUAGGUUGGAUUGAUGAUGUGGAAAAGAUUGAACAACGUAGAACGAAGUGUAUUGAGGAAGUAGAUGUUCGUAUUGGUGAGCUCAAAGAGAUGUCAAAGUUUGAAGGAGGCAUUGUUCUUGAUCUGCACCGCCACCUGCUGCUGAGUUUUUGCAGCUGCCGAGGACAGAUGGAGCCUGCACCAAUUAACCGUACUUUGCAGAAGGUAUUGGCACACAUAAGAAGUGAAAAGAUCCAUCAGAUAGGAAUUUGGGGAAUGGGUGGUGUCGGGAAGACAACUGUAGUGAAAGCUUUGAAUAACUUACCGGAGAUCUCAAUAACUUUUGAAAUUGUCAUAUGGGUUACCGUCUCAAGUCAGGGGAGUAUUGAUAAGAUUCAAAAGGAUGUUGCAAGGCGUUUGUCAAGUGAUGUAAACGAUGCAGAUCCCAUUCACACAGUUGCAAAUAAAAUCUAUCAAAUUCUGAGUUCCAACAAGUUCUUGUUGCUGCUGGAUGAUGUAUGGAGAAGCUUAGAUUUGGGCGAUAUCGGCAUCCCUAAUCUUAACGAGCAAGAAAAAGAUGAAGAGAUAGAAGUCGAUGAAUUGAUAGAGUAUUGGAGAGCAGAGGGGCUGACUGGUGAUGCAAAAUCUAUAAUCGAUGGCUAUAAUAAAGGUCGUGACCUAUUCAAUACUCUUGUUCAAAAAUCUUUGUUGGAGAUGGUUGGAUACUCUCGUUGUAGGAUGCAUGAUUUGUUACGGGAUCUAGCAUUAAUUAUCACAUCGCCAAGAGGAAAUAACGACAGUAAGUUUUUGGUAAGAGCUGGUUUGAGAGAUGGAUCGCAUGGAAAUGAGGAGGAAUGGAAGCAAAUGAAACGCAUUUCAUUCAUGAAAAGCACAUUGGGCACUUUACCCGAGUCUCCGGAUUGUCCUAUUCUCUCAACAUUGUUUCUCCAAUAUAGUUUGCCGCUACAGACGAUUCCGAACAAAUUCUUUCAGCACUUGGUAGAACUUCAAGUUUUAGACCUAUCGUACACCAGAAUCAGAUCACUACCAUCAUCUAUUAGCAAGCUUCCAUCUGAAGUGGGAUCUCUAAAGAAGCUCCAAGAACUUCAAAUGGCUGAAGUUGCGGUCCAGAGCUUACCAUUUGAGAUCAUGAAUUUGAAUCUGGAUAUUCCUGCUGGGGUGAUAAAAAGUCUCAUCUCAUUGGAGCUACUGCAAAUUGGUGUGAAGUUGUUGCAGUCUGCGCACGUUGCUAUGCUGGACGAGGUGGCUUGUUUGAGAAAUUUGACUAAAAUUCAUCUCUCUUUUCCAAACGUUGAAAACCUUGAGCGUUUCCUCUCAACAAGUUGGUCAUGGAAAGAACAAAGGUUCUUGAACUUCCGAUUUUUUGUCAAUAAUAAUUGGGAUCCCUCAGUAUAUCCGCAGCCGGAGUUGAGCCAUGGAGCUUUGAUAUUAUACGAUUGCCAGGAUUCUCCUACUACCCCGAUCCCUCCUACAAUAACUGAGAGUCUCAGAAUUUGUUCAGUGUUGAGCUGUAAUGACAUUGAGAUUCUUGCAAAUGGGGAUGAGUCAGAAGGAGGCGAGAUUUUUGCUGAUUUGGAGAAUUUGGAGUUGAGUCUGUUUGCCGAAAUUGAGAGCAAUACUGGAAGGGCAACCGUCAAUAAGAAGCUUCUCAAAUCUCAAUUAUUUGAGAUUGGACAGCAUCAACUGUCUAAAUUGGAGAGCCUUUCCAUCAGUUACUGCGAUCGGCUUGAAGAUAUUUUUGAAGAGAAUGAGUUUGAACCUGAGAUGAUCAGAAGUGAUGGACAUCAGCUCCCAAGGUUGAAGAUCUUACGCCUUCAGUGGUCUCCCCAAACUCGUCAGUAUUGA